GCAGUCCCAGCCUUGACACCUUUGCUGGGGGCUCGUCCGAGUGACUGGCUGCCAUGCAGCAGCCCUUGAAUUACCCCUACCCCCAAAUCUACUGGGUGGACAGCAGUGCCAACUCUCCUUGGGCCUCUCCAGGGUCAGUCCUCCCGUGUCCAUCCUCUGUGCCAGGGAGGCCCGGGCAAAGGAGGCCACCGCCACCACCGCCGACACUACCACCACCACCACCACCACCACCACCACCACCACCACCACCGCUGCCUCCACUGCCACUGCCACCUCUGAAGACGAGGAGGGACCACAACACAGGCCUGUGUCUCCUUGUGAUGUUUUUCAUGGUUCUGGUGGCCCUGGUCGGAUUGGGGCUGGGGAUGUUUCAGCUCUUCCAUCUACAGAAGGAGCUGGCUGAACUCCGAGAGUCUACCAGCGAAAGGCAUGUAGCACCAUCUUUGGAGAAGCAAAUAGGUCAACCCAAUCCACCUUCUGAAAAAAGGGAGCUGAGGAAAGUGGCCCAUUUAACAGGCAAGCCCAACUCAAGAUCCAUCCCUCUGGAAUGGGAAGACACAUAUGGAAUUGCCCUUGUCUCUGGGGUGAAGUACAAGAAGGGUGGCCUUGUGAUCAAUGAUACUGGGUUGUACUUUGUGUAUUCCAAAGUGUACUUCAGGGGUCAGUCCUGCAACAACAAGCCCCUGAACCACAAGGUCUAUAUGAGGAACUCUAAAUAUCCCCAGGACCUGAUGCUGAUGGAGGGGAAGAUCAUGAACUACUGCACUACGGGCCAGAUGUGGGCUCGUAGCAGCUACUUGGGGGCAGUAUUCAAUCUCACCAGUGCUGACCAUUUGUAUGUCAAUGUAUCCGAACUAUCUCUGGUCAGUUUUGAAGAAUCUAAGACAUUUUUUGGCUUAUAUAAGCUCUAAGAAAAGCACUUUGGGAUUCUCUCCAUAUGGUUCCUUGUUACAAGCACUGAGAACGUGGUCUUGAAUGAGAGUCUUCUUAAGCCCACUUGAGGUCAAGUGAGAAGACAUG